AUGAGUAGAGAACUCACCACGAUCCACCAGCCUCUGGGUGAUGUCUUGAUAGUCUCGUACUCUUCAGUGCCUGAAAAAGACUUGCUCGAGUUUCUAGAGACUGGCGCCCCGCCCAAAGGCUAUGUCUAUGUCAACUUUUCGGAACCCUCGCAAGGAAACUCUCUUCUGCACGAGGAUGAUCUUGAACUUAUUGAUCGAGCAUUAGGCACUGGCGAGAUUGUCAAACGACAUCUGGAUGACACUCUUAGCGGUACAGUCAUUGGCGCUGCUGUGACCUGUACGCUUGAGCCCAUCGCAUAUCGAAAGACUGACCCCAUGACAGGGGAAGAGGGACCGCUGCAGUUUGCCGAAAAAUCUAUCAAACGUGGCAAUCCUCCAGGAUCCAUAGAAGAGGAAUCGACUCCCCCUCUGCUCCAUAAUGUCCCAUUGUCAGAGCUUCAGAAUUACGAGGAGUUCACUGAGGGUGACUACAUAGUUUAUGAACAAAAGUUGGGAGUUGUGCGUGAGGUUGAGCGCGAUGCAGUCGUCCUUCUUCAAAACCAGAAAGUUGUGUCACCUCUGGAUCCCUUUGCUUUGGAAAUUCCUAUGACUGUCGGUACCGACAACGUUGUAUCAUGGCCAAGCAACCAGGAUGCCAUGAGGUCAUAUCCUCUACCCAACGGCGAGUACCUGUGGACCGUGGAAUCAGAGUUUGUCUUUCCUGGGCAAUUUACCCUGACAUCAUCGAAGAACUUGGAUCGAGGAGACUGGUCUUUGGAAAUGGGCUUAAGGUCACAACCAGAAGGUCAUGUCCUAGCGACUCCUGCCAUGAAUAUUCACGUGGAGUGGCUCUGCCCCAAUGUCUAUGGUGCAGGACCACCAUAUGGCGGGAAUAACAGUGAGGUUAUCCGAGCAACAAUGCUGCAAGGGACCGCCAUGAAGUGCGACUUCGGCAAGCUACCCACCGAGGGUUUCAGGGAAAAGACAGUCAGAUCGGACACGGUUCGCUUUCGCAACCCAGCUGAUGCAACGAAGUACAAUUACAAGCGGAUACCAACCGACCAGUCCUUCGGUUAUGACAUAAAUAUCUUUCGCGUGUUAUCCACCGAAACUGUGGUGACGGUCCAGUGGCAGGAUUUGAGCGUCACGACCGAGGCCGCUACCUCUCUGCACAAGUUCAAUGGUGGUGGUGAUGAUGAGGUCUGGCCUGGAAAUCUUGUUGUGUUGAGCGAAAGCCUCCAGACUAUCCGCACAUCUUGUUGCCGCAGUGAGUCCCGUCGCGCUCGAAAAGUUGGCGUAGUACAGGCUGUGGACAGCGGAGAAAGAGUAGCAUCCGUUCGCUGGUACAAAGAUCCAGACAUCGAGCUGCUGCAUAAUGGGAACAUGCUGAAACCGGGUUCCAGAUUGGGUGAACUGGGUGAUACCGUUACUCAAGUUUCCGUCUAUGAGUUAAGCUUGUUUCCGGGUUUAGGAAAAGCAUUGGAUGACCUAGUGCUCCUGGUUCCAGAAAAGGUCCAUCGGUCGGUCUUUCCACCAACACCUCGCGAUCCGCCCGCGGUCACUGGGCCUUCCCUGUACAGCUUUCUCUUUCCGAUGAACUUCUUCGAGAUGUCCAUGUAUCUUGAAUCUAUGAAGCUGGCACUCUUCAAGUCGGAAGCGUUCAAAAAUGGAAUCACGAUCGAUUCUUCCCCUCUACCUUCCCGCUAUGUUGUUCAUCACGAUGUGUACAACGGACAGUCCCCGUGUGACUUCCUUGGUAGGAUCGUCUCAGUGGACAUCGAGGGCAACAUUACCGUUCGACAAGUCGGUCGCAACAGCUGUCGUGAUGUUUGCGUUCCUUUGGAGAGAAUACUCAUGGUGAUUGAUGACGAUUACGAUGUGCCCCCUUUGCCCCUUCCACCGCUUGACAUGUUCGGCUUACCGGGCUUCUCCCCCUGGAUGUCAAAUCCCUUCAUGUUCGACCGAACAUAUGAAUAUGAAGGUGGCGAGCGACUUGAUGAUGACAGCAACGAUGAAGAAUGGUUGACGGAAGAUGACUUCGAGGCGGAUAACGAUUCCGAUGAUGAGGAUGGCUUUGAUGAUGGCUCGCGCCAUGUGAUUGGCGUGGAGGAAUCCGCGGCACCGAACCUAGCUGAGAUCAAUAUCACUGCUGAAAUGGUUGAGGACCAGGAAGAAAAGUUGGAGGCAUCCAAAGCAGAUGAUCAGUCCAAUGGAUCUAUCGCACAAUCAUCUCCUUCAUCAUCCACGUGCCCUCCAGGCUUCUCGGUUCUGGAGAGUGAUCCUCCCUCUGACCACCAUUUCAUAUCAGCAUCCUCGCGUGGAAAAUCGGGUCUCCGGAUGAGUCGUAUACGGAAGGAAUAUGAGAUUCUUGAGACAUCGCUGCCUCCUGGUAUCUAUGUUCGGAGCUGGGAAUCUAGAAUAGACCUCCUACGAGUCUUGAUCAUUGGUCCUCAGGGAACGCCAUACGAGUAUGCUCCGUUUGUGAUUGAUUUCCAAUUCCCUGAAGAUUACCCCAACAAGCCCCCUACUUCCUUCUUCCACUCCUGGACCAAUGGGCAGGGUAGGGUCAAUCCCAACUUGUACGAGGACGGUCGAAUCUGUCUUAGCAUAUUAGGUACUUGGCCAACAAAGAACCCGGAGGAAAGCUGGUCGCCCAUUAAGUCCACUGCCUUGCAGAUCCUGGUCUCCAUCAUGGGCCUUGUGCUGGUCAAGAACCCAUUCUACAACGAGGCUGGCUAUGACGUCCUUGCUGUGGACGACAACCGUCGCGUCGAGUCCUCACAAUACACAGAAAAGGCAUUCUUGAUGACACGAAACUUUAUCAAGCAUGCGCUUCAGCAUCCAGUCGCUGGCUUAGAAGACGUUUUGACUUGGAACUAUUUGAAAUCUGGGCAGAAAGACGAUGCAUCUAGUCGCCCGCAUUUACUACGCAGGGCUAUUGACUCGGCCGUCGGAAUGAUUGAGCAUCACAAUAACACCUCUGCUACCGACAAAUUUGACGAGGAGAACGCCGCGGCUCCGUUUGUUUCCCGUCUUAGUCUUGGAGCCGUAGUAAUGCUGAGGAAGCACGUCACUGAUCUGGAGAAAAUUGAAUCGACAAUCACUGCCAACAAUUCUUCUUAA